AAAAAAAAAAUCCGUCUUUUUGCCAUUUACGGUUCCUCCACUCCUACAUUUUUUUUCAACCCCCCUCCCUCAAUCUUUCACAUAUCUUCCCAGUCCUCCCCCCUCUACAAAAAGUCCACCAACUCAUACUCGAUCUUGGACAUCUUAGUUAGGCCAUUUGCGCAUCUUCCCUUCUCUCUACCCUCUUAACACUUUCACUUCGGUCAAUCCUUCAAAAUGGCGGACGAGGUACGUUUUUUUAAAAGAAAAAGAAGCAACAUUAUCCAACACGUCCCUCUUUUUUUUUACACUGGCGAUCGCAAAGGCGGGCAAUGGCGGGCUGGCACCUAACCACCCCGCAUCCGCAUCACUACGCAAUUACAUAGCACGCAUCUGGCACGCAUCGCCAAUGAACCUCGUGAUAUCAGAUGCGAUGCUAGAUGCUGCUGCCUUCGUCAUUAAACACACCUGUUUUUUUUUAUCUGCCCAAUAUUCGUGGCGGCAAUUUUCAGGUUCCGAUUCUUGGGUAGUAGUCCUAACAAAAUUUCUUACAGUUCGAGAUCGAUAACCAGGGAGAUGCUGGUGCGUCUGCCACCUUCCCCAUGCAGUGCUCUGCUCUGCGCAAGAACGGCGCCGUCGUCAUCAAGGGCCGUCCCUGCAAGAUCGUGGACAUGUCCACCUCCAAGACCGGCAAGCACGGUCACGCCAAGGUCCAUCUCGUCGGCAUCGAUAUUUUCACUGGCAAGAAGCUCGAAGAACUUUGCCCCUCCACCCACAACAUGGAGGUCCCCGUUGUUAAGACUAAGCAAUACAACUUCUCCCACCUUGAGGACGGUUUCAUCGUUCUUCACGACAUCAACACCAGCGAGGAGCGCAGCGACAUCAAGGUCCCCGAGGGUGAGAUCGGCAAGAAGAUCGAGGAGGCCGACGAGAACGGAACUCCCCUCAUCAUUACCAUCCAGUCCGCCAUGGGCGAGGAGGCUGCCAUCAAGGCCGACGAGCCCAGCCAGAAGGACUAAAUUUCCAAUUAGGGUAGUUGGGACUUAGGAAGAGGAUGUCACUGGAUCGAGCGUUACGCAUGAGCCUCGGCCAACUUGGACAUCAGAAGGGAAGGAUUGUUUAACUAGCAAACAAGUAGCUAGGUUCGUAUUGGGCGCUGACCCGCGGGGUUUUGCGUACAACUGUGCUAUCCAUUGUGGAGGAAUCAAACAUAUGGUAUGAUAGUCCUCGAACUUGACAUCUAUUUCCAUCUCUUUGAGGAACAAAAAUGAUGUGCAUUUUGAGGAUUUUUAGCAAAACAGGUCUCCUGUUUUUUAUUAGCACUUGACUUGUCUUACAGAAUCUACAAGGUCUCCCUAUAAUCUUUUUUUUGUACCUGGUGAUAUCGGCGAUCUUGCAUGUGUGACUUAGAAGCUAUGUAGUCGAAAUUGACUUGUAUGAAAAUUAA